AUGUACGAUUAUAGCGUAAACCUAGAGAUUAAGGUUGGGGAGGAGAUCUUCAACCUGCUGCAGGAGAUGUACGCCUUCAGGGAGUUAGAUAGCAAGGUAGACAUACUCAGGGAGAGCGAUAAGCUCUACAAGCUAGUUACUAAGCUUAGCUCUAGGUUCAGCCUAGAUAACACUACUGCUAUCUCCUAUGCGCUUGCUAUCUAUAUCUACAGCUAUCUAAGCUGUUCGCGUGUCUUCCCUAAGGUGAUAUAUAUAUACUCCUACGUAUUCAAGCUAGCACUCAGCAAGAUAGAGCAGCGCUAUAUAGCUAGGGGGGAGCGCAGCCUUAACCUAGCCCACAGCAAGGCUAUCACACUAGGUGAGGAUGCCUUUAGGAGCCUCUUAGAUAUAAUAAGCUUCAUAGUAGAGCUCUUAUGUGAGAUAUAG